UAUUAAACUCCCAAUGCGUAGGAACCAACUUAAACCCCAACAUCACAAAAAAGCAAGCUAUAGAUACCAUGGUCAUCUCGAUCAAUUGCUGCCUCAAGCCCUCGUCUCCUCCUCCUCCCAUUCCUCAAGUAUCUUCUCCCCUUCUACCUCCAAGAUCGAUCGACAACCUACCAAAUCGUUGCAUGUCUAUCGCGGCGACAUUCUUGAUGGUUAGCUUCAUCAACACGACAAAUACUAGUGCGACAACGGCAACGGAGCAUCUGAGAUACACGGAGGCUGUAUCAACAGAUAAGGGAAAAAUCGUUUUGUGGAGUGAUCAAAUAAGGAAGUGCCCUCCAUGGCACCUGAAUUCGUUGGAAAACAUCAUGCCAGAGAAUUUGCCACGACAAUCAGACCGCCGGAGGACCGAUGGAUUUGUGUCUAAUCGAAGUGCACCAAGUGUCGACGGAGGAGCGAUGAGGUUCAAUAAGAGCUGUUAUUCUCUGUAAAGACUAUGUAUAUAGUUAUUGUGCUGAAUCAAUCAAUGUAUACAUGUAUAUAUGAAGAUACAAAAUGAAGUAAGAGAUUAGCGCUUGUAUAUAUUUUUGUGUUGCAUAUAUUUAAUCUCGAGUCCUUGGUGUGGGUCA